GGGCGAGGGCCCCGAGGCAUGCUGGGAACUGUAGUGCUGUUGACGCUUCCUAGAAUCCCAGCCGAGGAGAGAGAAGGUCAGCGGUGCAGGAAGCGCAGUUUGGAGACUCUACCUUGAAGGACAGGCCUCUCUCGAUGCUGUCCUCGGGCCUGCUGGUCCUCCGCCGAGCUCUCCGCCGGCCGAUCUUCUCCGCCGGCUACUCGGCGCUGGGCGGCUCGCCCAUGGAGAACACCCCCGUGGAGGCCUCUAUCCGGGCCAAGCUGAAGCAGGCGCUGGAGCCCGUGCACUUGGAGAUCAUCAACGACAGCCACAUGCACGCUGUGCCGCGGGGCUCCGAGACGCACUUCCGCGUGGUGGUAGCCAGCCGGCGCUUUGAGGGCCUCUCGCUCAUCCACCGCCACCGCCUGGUCAACGACAUUCUUCAGGAGGAGCUGGCCGGGCCCGUCCACGCCCUCUCCAUCCAGGCAAAGACCCCCCAGCAGUGGGAGAAGAACCCCAAAAUCAUCCAGAGCCCCGAGUGCCUGGGGGGGUCCAAGCACGACCCCCAGAUGGCCGGGAAGAUCGGGGGGACGCCCCAGGCAUGAAGCGUUCCGCUGCCAAAGGCCGGAUCUGAGCAUGUUUCUGGAGCGAAUAAAUUCAACACCUGUGUUCCGGUUCAUAGCUGCAAUUCCCACAACCGCAGGGGUUUGGGGUUAGGUGCCAGCGUCUUCUACCAUUCUGCGUUUCCCUCCCCGCAAUGGACACUUCGCACUAUUCCUCGGAGUGUCAUUCUGGCUUGCUUUCAUGGAAAAAAAUGAGAUUAUCAUGUGUGCAUUUUGGAGCUUCCGUUUUUCUGCCGAUAACUGAUGUUUUUUUCUGGGGAAUCGCUUGGGUUUCUCAACAGUUCAUUCUGGCCCGGCUUUUUGUAAUUUGAGCAAAUUAAAGUUCUGGCUUUGGAAUUUGCAAGGGG